ACUUGGCAGUCGGGUUUAGGAGGACGCACAAUGACGGAAACCAACGGUGUUCAGCUCAAAAAUAUAACCCAUGCCAACGGAAAUGGCGUGGACAACCAGGCUUUUGAAAUCGAGGAGGACAACAUUUCUGAUACAGGGAGUGUCAAAAGGCAGACUAAAAAGACAAAAAAAGGAUUGGGAUCGUACAUAAGCCAAGUUUCCAAGCCGAUUAAUGCCACAGAGGAUUACAUCAAGGCUCACUCAAAAACCUUCAAAUAUGUUGUGCUGGCUAUACUUGGAGCAGGUUAUGUGGCGUAUUUCAUUGCAGCCUGUGUAUUGGAUUUCAAGAGGGCCACUGGUCUUGUAGUCCUAACCAGUUUGGCUGUCGUUGCUAAAUCCUAUGAACUUUUGAAGGAAUACAAGGGAGAAAGCAUCAGUCGGUGUUCCAGACCGGCAGUUAGAUGCUUUAAAUCUCACUUGAAAUGGAUAAAAUGGGUUUUCAUUUUAGCGGCUUUGGCCUUGUUUGUGGUGUGGCUUGCCUUGGACACAAGCAAGCGUCCUGAGCAGCUUAUCUCAUUUGGAGGUGUGUGCAUGUUCAUCGUGCUUAUAUUCCUCUUGUCAGCACACAGGACAGCGGUAUCAUGGAGACCUGUGUUUUGGGGUCUUGGGAUGCAGUUCUGUAUUGGCCUUUUUGUUAUGAGAACAGAACCUGGACUCAUAGCUUUCAAAUGGCUCGGAGAACAAGUGCAGAUAUUCCUGGACUAUACCAAAGAAGGGUCAAGAUUUGUUUUUGGGGAUCUGAUAGCAGACAUUUUUGCCUUUCAAGCUUUGCCCAUUGUUGUGUUUUUCAGCAGCGUGAUGUCGAUUCUUUACUUUUUGGGGAUUAUGCAGUGGCUCAUUCUGAAGAUCUCAUGGGUUAUGCAGAUAACGAUGGGAACCUCUCCCACAGAGACCUUGAGUGUGGCAGGCAAUAUAUUUGUUGGACAGACUGAGGCUCCGCUGCUGAUUCGCCCGUAUUUGAAAGACAUGACCAAAUCUGAGAUCCAUGCUGUUUUGACUGGUGGAUUUGCCACAAUUGCAGGCAGUGUCAUGGGGGCAUUCAUCUCAUUUGGGAUUGAUCCAUCUUCCUUGAUAUCAGCCUCUGUGAUGGCUGCACCUUGUGCCUUGGCCAUCUCCAAACUCUCUUACCCAGAGACAGAGGAGAGUCCCUUCAAGUCAGAGAAGAAUGUUAAAGUGUCUUGUGGAGAUGAACAGAACAUUCUGGAGGCUGCUAGCAGUGGAGCAUCUGCUUCAAUAGGUCUUGUUGCUAACAUCGCAGCAAAUUUGAUAGCCUUUCUUGCCAUCCUCGGGUUCAUAAAUAACGCUUUGAGUUGGCUUGGAAGUAUGGUGGGAUAUCCUGAAAUCACAUUUCAGCUGAUUUGCUCUUACGUGUUCAUGCCUGUGGCCUUUAUGAUGGGAGUACCAUAUGACGAAAGUUUCAUUGUGGCUAAACUAAUUGGCACAAAGCUCUUCCUCAACGAGUUUGUGGCUUAUGAGAAAUUAUCUGAACUGAAGGAAAACAGACUCAGUGGAAUUGAAGAAUCAAUAUCUAUCCGAUCAGAAAUAAUCACCACUUAUGCACUUUGUGGGUUUGCCAACUUCAGCUCACUGGGUAUUGUGAUUGGAGGCCUUUCCUCUAUAUGCCCAUCCAGAAGAGGUGAUAUCUCAUCUCUGGUACUGAGAGCUAUGCUCACUGGGACAUGUGUAUCUCUAGUCAACGCUUGCAUUGCAGGGAUUCUCUAUGUUCCUCUACCUAACUGUGUGGAGCUGUUCAAGGCAUCUGCCUUCAAUGCCACAGAUGAAAAUAUACAAUAUUGCUGUGAAGACCUCUUUAAAAAGUAAGCAUGCACAUUUGAAUUAUAAAGAUAUUUUUUGGUG